AUGUUCAGUAGGGAUAAAAGUGUUGAUGAAGAAUUAGAAGGACAAAUUCAAGCAAAUGAACUUCGAAUCAUUCUGUUAACAGAACAAACUAAACGUUUACGUAAUGCAUUAAAAUUGAUAAAUGAAAAACGUGAUAAUGUUAUGACCAAUGUACAGACAACAGAAAAAGAAGAUAUAAAAUUACUAUCAACAGAAAUUGACGAUUUAAUACUGGAUAAUAUUUCACCUACUACUUAUGUAAAUCAAAUUCUCUCCAAAAAUAACUCUUGUCUACGUUCCAAAACUUAUACAAAAUCAAAAAUUACAUCAAAUGAUGUUGAUAUAAACUAUUCAUCAAAUAUUCAAUUAUGGUCUGGACCAAAUACACUAUCCACAAGGAUAACAAAAGCAUCAAAUCGUCCACGAUCUAAGAAGAUAAAAUGA